CGAGGCUGCGCAGGGUGACAAAUUGAGGGCGAGUAGUCAAAGCGGUUUGCUCCUCCGCCCUUACUCCCCGGCGGUUAAGAGGCGGAGCUAUAAUAGUGGGUUUUUUUUGUGUGUGGGGGUGUUUUUUUUAAUUUCUUCCCUGAGACCGGCAGCCAAUUUCUAGCAGCGCCUUCAGUCUUCGCGCGCAAGCUGUUGGUUCUCGCCCCCCCCCCCCACUCCCGCAACUCUUCUUCUCUCUCUGCUGCUCCCAGCGCAGAAUUGCCAUGGCUGUCUGGAGCGGGUCCGGUUCCGUCCCGGCAACCUUGGUCAGGCCCAGCUUGACCUCCGUCUCUUCGGGAGAGCUUCAGAACCUUCGGACGUGCAACUGCGAGAUGGCGGUGUUACCGCUGCGGCAGUUGCUCUCCCUACAGCCAGACUCCUUCCUGCUGCAAGGGGACACUCUGGCGGUGCUGAGUCCGCUCGACCGCCGGCCCGGGGGUGGCUUCACGGUGAUAAGCGAUGGGUUUUUCCAGCUGGAUGGCCGGCAGCAGUGCAGGCUCACCGGCUACUUCAAGAGGCAUGUAGAGUUGAAUAGCCAUCAUGAUUACAAAAACUACAGAGAGACUAUAUUGGGUCGGCCACUGGUAUUUAUCAUUAACGUCAGAACAAAAUAUAAUUCUUCAAAAGAAAAAACGUAUGCUUUGCUUGUGAAUACUCGACACCCAAAGAUGAGAAGGCAAAUCGAGAACAGCAUGAACAAUGUAAUAUCAUCCGUGAUUGGGGAAAGCUAUAAGCUUCAGUUUAACUUCCAAGAUGUUGUAAAGAAGUUUUUUCCUUCAGAAGCCUAUCUGGUUCAUGAAGAAAGUUUAAGUUUCUCCUAUGAGUUCAAAACUGAUGCCUUAUUUGAUUUCCUUUAUUGGUUUGGGAUCAGCAAGAGAACUGUUUCAAUGAAUGGGAAAGUUCUUAAUUUAUCAAGUACCAAUCCAGAGAAGAAAGAAAUUAUAACUAAGUUUCUGGAUAAAAUGAGUGAACCAAAUUUGCGUUCAAACAGCUUUUCAGACAGGAAGUUCAGCAUUAUCUCCAGAGUUUCAAUAGAUGAUGUGUUUAAUGGCAACUUGACAUCACAAUCAACUUGGAUGGAGUCUCUUAGCUCUUGGACAGUUUCAGGGUCUCGGAAGUCUGGAGACAGGUCAAGUAUCGAAGGCUGAUUUUUUUAACAUUGAGAAAGAUAUAUUGAAAACAGAAGGAAGAUAACCACAUUGGGAUUAUCUUACUGCAGAAUGCAAGGAAUUUCUGCCUUUUGUUACAAAUAAUAGGAUGUAUCUGCAUUCUAUGUUGCUUUCAUUGGUUUCAGGGUAAGAUUCCUGAUUACUAAAGUGAUAUUUACAGAUCUGGUUCAACAUUCAACAUUAAAGGCUGUUGAAGCCUAGAGUUUUUGCUAUUGCAGUUAUCCAUAUAGUUAGAAUGAUUUUAAAUCCUGGAUUAUUUCAUUAGUUUCUAAAUAACUGCCAGGUUUUCAGAAUCAUGGAAAACUAAAUUAUUUUUGUGAUUGCUCCAACAUUUAUCAUACCCCGGCAAGUUGAUAAUUCCAAACAGCUUUGAAUUAUAAGUGGCUAUGACAGAUGCUACUAUGAACUGUACUUGGGUUUUGUUUUGGUUUUUUUUUUUUUUUUGUAAAAUGGAUGGUAGUAUAGAACUGGCAGAAGGAAUACUCAAACCCAUGUCUUUUGAUCCAGAAGUCAGCUGCUAUCAGAGUUUGGCUGUAUUCUGGCUUGGAAAAUUUUGCUGUGUGGCCUAACUUUCAAUCAUUGGGGAUUAUUUUCACAAGGGUUUUGCAGCGCUUCAGAUUUAAUCCAAAAAGAAAAUUCAGGAAAGUCAAAAGAACAUCUGUCCAGUUCUUUUAAAGCAGCUACAUCUUUUCCAGGAUUAAGUGGCUUCAAGCUGUCGUGCCGUCCUAAGGAAAAUAUAGACUGCUUAGAUAGCAGCAGACAGGUGUUACAUUAUGCACUGCAUAUUUUGUUGUAAUUGAAUCCAAAGAGUUGUGCAGUGCAUGCAUUUAUUUGUACCUCUCAAAUAUAGAAUAAACAUUCUUUUCAGAUACUACUAGAAUAUGUAAACAUAACACAUAGAGGUGCUUUGAAUCAGAGCUUAAUAUCUUGGAAGGUUAUAGAAAAUGUCAAUGUGUUAUGUAGUCCACAGUAAAUGGGAAGCGCAAGGGCUGAAUGGUUGUAAUUUGAGGAGUCACUUUGGGGCUACCUUAUGAAUAUUUUACUUUUUCUUUAUGACAUAACAUUAAAACACUGUUUUGACAGAUGAAGCAUAAUUUUUACAUCAUGAAAAAUUGAUCUUGUUAAAUUUGAAUUGCAUGGUAUAUUUUGGGCUUAUAGCAGCCUUUCUCACCAAUGUCUUCUAGAGCUGCAGCUUCUAAAUUUCCCACUGAAUGGCCACCUGGCUGUAGGCCAGCCCAAUCUGGAGAGUGCCAGCAGGUUUAAAGAAUGACUGGAAUGAAUAUGCCAUAAAAGUAUCUCUUUUUUUCUCAGUAGGCUUUUUCAUUAUCAAGUUAAAUGUCGACAUAUUAAGGAAUGUAAUAUUCAGUCUCUUUAUAUUGAAGAGACCUCAUGUAUAAACAAUUGCCUAAUCAGUUCCUUCUAUAUAUCAUUGUUUUACAAUAAACAGUUAUAUGGAUCUCUUUUUCUUUUCUCAAGUUAACUUUCCAUGUUGCACAAUGUCAAAACCACAGUUCCUCUAUAAACAUUAAGGCAGAUUACACAGCAGGAAUUUGAAUAAGGAUUGGAAGUAAGGGGGAAAAGCAGCACUAAAAAGCACUGAAUAUGUAAAAUCUUGAGGUAUAAAAUAGCUGAAAUUAGUCCUAAAACUAGAGGAGGCAUAACUAAUAAAUGCUAAGAGCUAUCUAAUUUGAAAAUGGAGAAUAACAUUGAGAGAAAAAUUAGAAUUAAAAGAUUGAAGCAGAGGAAGGUUUAUAAACAUGAUUGGAAUUGCAAUCCUCUAUUUAUGUGAAACCCAGUGAAACUUAAUGGCUAUUUAGGCAUUGAAUCUGGCUGUAAGAAAGGCCACUAAGAGAAAGAUGAGAGUUCCCGUAAUGUAUAAAUACAGGUAGCCAUUUAGCAGCUGUUCAAAGUUACAAUGCCUCCCCUCAACACAGGUGAUUGCAGGAUUCUGUGGUCACAUGACUCUGAUUUAUUAUGUUUUUGCUGGUUUCCAACCUUUUCAGGCCAUGGUAAUACAUUGGUUUGCUUAACAACCUCUGCAAACAAAAGUAGUUAAAUUGGGUCUGAUCAUGUGGGUGGAGCUCCAUCAUGGUCCUAAGUCAAGGAUUUCAUGUAUUACAAUACAUUUAUUCAAAAGCAAAUUAAUAACUGUAAACCACCAUCAUUAUAGUGCUGUGCAAAAUUCACUUGAUUGGGCAUAGAGUGUUCUGUAAGACUUUGGAACUUCCCACUCUUCCAGCAGAUGACAUCAAACCUCUCUCCAGUCACACAGUUCUGGAGGCAGUUUGGGAGUUCCCAGAAGUAAAUCCUGCAAACCGGAAGCAGAUCAAUGACAGGUAAUUCUGGACAAAACAAAUGCUUUAUCUAGGACACUUCAAACUGAUUCCAGCUUGGAGGGUUUAUUUCUGGAAAUGAUACACACCACCCUAGAAGAGCAUGAUAUGGUGAGGGAAUGGAAUCUUCCAGAUUCUCCAGAAUGUUCUCAUCCCAGAUUGGUGCAUUUUUUGUAACCCCACCUGAUUGUUUUUACAAACAAAAAUGGGGCAAAUUCAGUAGUAAAUUAAAAACCCAAAUUUAAGAGAAUCCCUCCAGAAAUGGAAAUAAGCAAGAAAAAAGUAUAAACACACAAAUAUUGUGCAAUGCAUUUUCCCUAACCAUAGCGAAAACCAAUCCUGGAUAUUUCUUUCCAUAACACAUUUGUUGACAGAGGAGGAGAGUCUGAUAGAUAUCAGAUUAGAAAAAAAGAACUGGGUCAGAACCAUAGUACCGUAAUUAUAGCAAUAAUAAUGCCAGUAAUAUCUACAUAACAAGGUAUUCCAUUUAAAAGCUGUCUUGUCUCUCAUAUGCAAAUAAAUAACUGCUGAAAAUCACUCUCAUACCCUACAUAGAUAUGUAUACAUUCUCCCACCCCUCCUUCCAGCAGAAACAACAAAAAAGGACAAAAUAGGAUGGAGAUAAGAGCAAAGAAUAACUGCACUGGAAAGCAAAGGAAAUAGAAAACUGGACAGACAAGAAUAAUUGA